AUGUCCUCGUUUUCUAGCCCUGUUAAACCAGGCCAGCCUCCACCGGAAUCCCCUACUGCCUCUCAAAACGUGGACGCUGCUCGCUCCCUCAAAAUCACAUGUGAAAUUGAUAGUAACUCUUUCAUCAAAACUUAUAUCGGGUACACACCAAAGGUCAAUCUUAAAUGGUCUCUGGACCAACGGCUCCUGAUUAGCAAAAUUCAACAAUCACCUUCAGGCGCAGAAGCAUCACUGUGUACUGGUGCCACUCUACUCCUACUUUUGCUCAACUCGAUUAGCCUCCAAGUUGUGGACGCGAUCACGAUGGACGCCAAGGCACCUGCUCUCGUAUUUCGAGCCAGUCACAACGAACAGAUAUUGAAUCCCAUUACGACGAUGCAACUAAGUCCUGACAUUUUUUUUACUACGCAGUGA